GUGUGUGAGAGGGAGUGAGAGAGAGAGGGAGUGAGAGAGAGAGAGAGAGAUAGUGGCGCUGUGUGAGAACGUCACAGGAUGCGCGAAUACAAGCUAGUUGUCCUGGGUUCAGGAGGUGUGGGAAAGUCUGCUCUGACCGUACAAUUUGUUCAGGGAAUAUUUGUUGAAAAGUAUGACCCCACAAUAGAAGAUUCCUACAGAAAGCAAGUUGAAGUAGACAGCCAACAGUGUAUGCUUGAAAUCUUGGACACAGCAGGAACAGAGCAGUUCACGGCAAUGAGGGAUCUGUAUAUGAAGAACGGCCAGGGGUUUGCACUAGUAUAUUCUAUAACGGCACAGUCCACAUUUAAUGACUUACAGGACCUCCGGGAACAGAUCCUCCGAGUCAAGGACACUGAAGAUGUUCCCAUGAUACUAGUCGGCAAUAAAUGCGACUUGGAAGAUGAACGAGUCGUGGGCAAAGAACAGGGCCAGAACCUAGCGAGACAGUGGAACAACUGUGCCUUUUUAGAGUCCUCUGCGAAAUCAAAGAUCAACGUUAAUGAGAUCUUUUAUGACCUGGUCAGACAGAUCAAUAGGAAAACACCAGUGGAAAAAAAGAAAAGUAAAAAGAAGAGCUGUUUGUUGCUAUAAACUUCUGCUCCGCAGCAGGUCUGAGCCAGGUAUGAAGAACUGUUGCCUAAUUGGAAAGUGCCAGCAUUCCAAAUUUAAAACAAAACUAACAUAUCUGAAGAGGCUUCACCCGUUUUUAUAUCUUGGAUAAAGAUCUCCUCCUAGAAGACGGUUUGCACACACACACACUGUUCCUGAAUUUGCUCUGUACAUCGCUUGAAAAGACAGUAUUUUCACCUUUGCAUAGUGGUAUAGCAGAUGUGGAUUUAAUGAUAUGAGUUUAGUUGUAUGAUUAUACAAAGACAACGCAUGGACACGUUUCCAAUGUUCUAGAUGUUGCAAGUGAAAUUAAAAGUUGAUUAGAUAUUGGCCUUUUGUCGUUGCACCUCUUCUCCCUAUCAAGCACUAAUAGUUCAAUAGUUUGACAUAUUUGUCCUCUGAUGGACUUAUCCCAACAGUUAACAUCUACUUUUGGUUCUGGCGACUUCAUUUUAUAUUGGGAAGUUGCGAGAUCACAUUACUUUCACUAUACAAUUGUAUUCUAAUUAAAAGAUGUUUUGUGCAUAAUGCUUUGAAAAAAAAUGGGUCUUUUAUAGGAAAACUGUGGAAAACUGAUUUCUAUGUCUCUCUCAAAGCUGAAAUAUAUUAUACUAAACC